AUGGAAAUUCCAAUGGCAUCCGUAAACUCUUCUACGACCAAAAGUGUUUGCAAUGGGCGUUUAUAUGCAUAUGCAUCAUUUGCUUGGUUGCUACUGUAUCGGCUAAGCAAAGAAACGGAUAUACAAAGAUGUCUGGAAUGCAAAAGAACAAAAAUGUUCUUUCAAUUAAAGGAUAUCAAAAUCACCCUUCUAUGAAUGGAAGCCAAAAAUUGCCACAGACGGAGGGAUACAAAAAAAAUCCAUCAAACCACAAAAGACACCAAAACAAACACAAAGAGAGAGAAUGUAAAAACAUGCCUAAGUUACAAGAAUGCAAAAAGGGAAGAACAAUUGACCUCAGUGAACCUUCACACCCCCCUUGCUUUCACGAUCUAACAAAACUAGAAAUCAAGAAAAUAUUUAAUUUCAUGUAUGCGCAAGAAACCCUCAAUAUUGUAAAACCUAGCGACGCUGUUCUUGCUUCAAACUACAUAUUUUCAAUGGAACUUAUUCUUCCGGAAAAGAAAGAAGAUUUCCAGUCGACCCCGACCAGACGAGCCUUAGUUACAGUUUUUGAGGGAGCAAAGACGCCUCCGAUAGUGAACGAGUAUUGUGUAGAGUUAUCUUCCCCACCUCAGUUUUGUGGACCUCCUCGUUCCAUCCAGUUUAGUUUCCGACCAUCAACAGUACCCGAAUUUAACGAUAUAUUGAACGUGGUAUUUAAUGAAGCUGAAAGUACCGUUGGCGAUAUUUUGGAACAAAGUUUCCAUGCGACGAUUUUAAACUGUGGGAAGACCUGUCUGGGCGUGGAAAAUGUCAGUCCUUUUGCAGCCGUUAUUGCUGGCGUUGAAGGACAAAACUAUCGAGGAUUAUGGGUCCCGUUUUUGCAGUUAAUGGAGCCAAGAAAUCUACAUCCGGUAGACUUCGUAGUUUUAGCUACAGUUGAUGGAACCUCUACUCCUCAGACUGAUUGUGUUUGGUACAACGGUCAACUGUUUGAAUCACUUGAUGACUUCAGGGAUAAGUGGGAUAAUAACCAGGUCACCCCGCUAAAUAUAGAAUUUCCUCAGAUGCGCAUAAUUGACGAUACUAUUGACAAAAAUUAUCAACGACCUCCAAUAGAAGUCGAACCCGAUGGCAAACGUUACUCGAUCAAAGAUCAGACAGUGACAUCAGAUCACUGGAAAUUCAGUUUUGGGAUAUCUCCUACUCACGGUCCACAGUUGUAUGAUAUAAGGUAUAAGGGUGAUUUGAUAGUUUAUGAAUUGGGUCUUCAAGAAAUAUGUGUUUUUUACUCUUCCUCGGAACCAUUCGGAAGGUUUGCCAAUUACUUUGACAGUAUUGUGAUGAUUGGUCGUAAUAUGAGAACCCUGGUCCCUGGGGUUGAUUGUCCCUCUCAUGCCACAUUUAUAGACGCCACAUGGAUGUCAGAAACAUCAAAUAAACCAUUCACUAGCAAAAAAGCUAUUUGUGUAUUUGAACACAAUACUGGUAUUCCACUUAGACGUCAUUAUGCUGCUAAUGAGUUUCCAUCCGGUUAUUUUGAGGGCGCGCCAAAUGUAGUUCUUAUUCUCAGAAUGAUUGGAACUCUUGUCAAUUAUGACUAUAUAUUUGAUUUCAUAUUCUACCAAAACGGAGCCUUUGAAACUAAAGUAACAUCAUCGGGAAUUAUUGUCUCAUCCUUUAAAACCGCUGGUUCAAAAUAUGGAUUCCAGGUUAAUGAACAAGCCCUAGGAACCGUACAUAAUCACUUCUUCAAUUUUAAAGUAGACCUUGAUAUUGGAGGAACUCGAAAUAGAUAUUCAACUUACAACAUAGAAGUAGAUGAGGUACCAAAUCCCUUCUCAAAAGCUACUCCUGCAUCAAACUGGUUUCAAGAAAAAAUAGUAAAAGUUGAUUACACGACCGAGAGAGAUGCAGCUUUUAAGUUUGACUUCAACAUCCCAAAGUAUCACAUAUUUUACAAUGAGGAUAAUCUCGACGAAUUUGGAAAUGUUAGGGCUUACAGAUUACUUCCAACAGGCUUCGCAAAACAAGUAUUACCUGAGGGUGUUGGAAAUGAACCAGGGUGCUCUUGGACAAGGUAUCAAAUGGCCGUAACAAAGCGCAAGGAAAACGAACCGUACAGCUCAACAAAGUACGUCACCUAUGACGGAGAAAACCCGACGGUCGACUUCGAAGGAUUCAUAGGAAACGAAAAUAUCAUUAAUGAGGAUUUGGUAGCUUGGGUUACAGUAGGGUUACAUCACAUCCCCCGUCAGGAGGACAUCCCCAUUAUGACUACGCCCGGAACGGAAGUUAGUUUCUACUUACUUCCGUUUAAUUACUUCCCAGAAGACCCCAGCGUUGGAAUCGGCGACAAUGUACGUCUGCAGUACGACGGCCCAUACAGUCCUCUGAGAAUUAUUGCGAAUAGCACAUCAAACAGCAUUGAUUGUAAACCCCCGAAGUCGUGUUCUGUUGAAGAUUUAACGAAAAAUCCGGAGAUGUUUAUUCCUAGGCCUGGCCAUUAAAAUCACAUGGUAUUCAUCCAAACGGAUUCGAGGAAGAGGGACUUUGAUAUUUUGUUUUUCUUUUGCUUAUGCAUUUAUUCUCUGCUUAAUCUUUAUAUUAUUGUUAGCCAGGAAAAGUUCGCCUUUGUUAGCACUGAUAAGCUGGAACGCUUUCAUUUUCAAAGAAUGAUAAUAUAGUUAUAUGUAUGACUUAACGAUUCUUUGGUAUAUUGGAUGACAAAUGUAUUAUCUCAAGUGUAUUUUGCAUAAUAAAAAUGCUUCUUGAA